AUGGCUCUGCGGCCGCCAGUUGAGGCAGGACCCCAGGACAGGGUGUGCUACUUGCCUGAGAGGAUCCAGAACAACCCCCAACACCUGGCCGCUUACUACCCGCCUUUCCCGCCCUAUGGCCACUACGGGAGCACCCUAACAGCUACGGAGGAGGGUUUCCAACCUUUCCGGCAGCUGGAGGCCACCGCGUCUGCAGCCCAGCCUAUGCCCCCCUUCACAUUCCGGACCGCGCCUCCCUUGCUGAGCCCUGGCCUGACACUACAGAGGGAGUCACUCUAUGAUCUGCCCUGGUACAGCAAGCUGCCACCGUGGUACCCAAUUUCGCACCUCCCCAGGGAGGUGCCACACUUCCUCAACAGCAGCCACGAGUAUACCGGCCCCACCACUGAAGACCUGGGCCACAUAGGUGGCCAAAGCGACAGUGGCCAGUGUUGUGGAUCAGAAAUUCUAAUUCCACCACCUCCUGUGGAUGCUUCCCUGUUACCUGAGUGGCUGAAGACCUCCCAGUUAUUAUCUUGCUCCCCCAGCAAGCGGUCUGAGCAUGACCCCAAACUCCUGAACCAGGAGGGGAAGUCAUCUCAUCACUACCACUUCACACAGGAGGACCUGCACUUAGUUCUGUACGGGGUCAUUCCCAGCCUGGAGCACUCAGCCCGCCUGCACCAUGCAAUUUCCGGCCUCCUGGUCCCCACAGACAACCCUGGGUCUGAUUCUCUUCCUCUGGAUAAAGACUCCCUUCAACUGCCAGAAGGGCUCUGCCUGAGGCAGACGAUGUUCGGGGAGGUCCCACAUUUUGGUGUGUUCUGCUGUAACCCCAUUGCCAAAGGAGUCAGGUUUGGGCCCUUCCAAGGUAAAGUGGUCAAUGCCAGCGAAGUCAAGACUUACGGAGACAAUUCUCUGAUGUGGGAGAUCUUUGAAAAUGGUCGUUUGAGCCACUUCAUAGAUGGAAAAGGAGGUGCGGGAAAUUGGAUGUCCUUUGUCAACUGUGCCCGCUUCCCCAAGGAGCAGAACCUUGUUGCAGUGCAAUGUCAAGGGCAGAUAUUUUAUAAGAGCUGCAAGGAGAUCUACCAGAACCAAGAGCUCCUUGUGUGGUAUGGAGACUGCUAUGAAAAGUUUUUGGACAUUCCUGUGAGCCUUCCAGAACAGGGGCAGCAGGCAUCCGGGCCCUCUGCAGAGUCUGCAGAAGGUUACAAAUGUGAAAGAUGCGGAAAAGUAUUCACCUACAAGUAUUACAGAGAUAAGCAUCUCAAAUACACCCCCUGUGUGGACAAGGGUGAUAGGAAAUUUCCCUGCUCUCUCUGCAAACGAUCCUUUGAGAAGCGGGACCGGCUCCGGAUCCAUGUCCUCCAUGUGCAUGAGAAGCACCGGCCACACAAAUGUUCAACAUGUGGGAAGUGUUUCUCUCAGUCUUCCAGUUUAAACAAACACAUGAGAGUCCACUCUGGAGACAGACCAUACCAGUGUGUGUAUUGUACAAAGAAAUUUACUGCCUCCAGCAUACUCCGCACACACAUCAGGCAGCACUCUGGGGAGAAGCCCUUCAAAUGCAAGUACUGCGGUAAAUCCUUCGCAUCCCACGCUGCCCAUGACAGCCACGUCCGGCGCUCACACAAGGAAGAUGAGGGCUGCUCCUGCAGCAUCUGUGGAAAAACCUUCCCCGAUCAGGACUCUGUCUAUUCCCACAUGAAAUUUCAUGAAGACUAUUAG